GCAUCUAUCACAUUCUUUCAUGGCGAAGAAAGGUGAAAUUAAGCUUCUUGGCACCCCAGCAAGUCACUUUGUGAACCGGGUUCAAAUCGGUCUCAACCUCAAGUGCAUCGACUACGAGUUCAUCAGUGAGAAUCUUGGUUGCAAAAGUGAUCUCCUUUUGAAAUCGAACCCGGUUCAUCAGAGAGUCCCUGUGCUUCUUCAUGCAAACGAACCACCGCUUAUCGAGUCUCUUCUCAUUAUUGAGUACAUUGAUGAAAUCUUUCCGGAUGUCCACCCGAUCCUCCCACGUGCCCCUUCGGUUCGUGCCCACAACCGCACUUGGGCCUACUUCAUUGAUACACAGUUUUUCCCAUUGUUCGAAGACUUAAGGCAGUCACCAGACAAGAAGGGAGAAGAAGAGGCGAAAAUACAGAUCAGGGAAGCAGCAAAGUUGUUGGAACGAGUAUUUGUGGAGUGUAGCGAUGGGAAGGCUUAUUUCGGUGGAGAUAACAUCGGGUACCUAGAUAUUGCUCUCGGAUGCUUUCUGGGGUGGAUUACAUUUUCCGAAACACUUAACAACUACAAGGUGUUUGAUGAAACAAUAUCUCCAAGGCUUGUGGAAUGGGCGAAGAAAAUGAGGUCACACGAAGCCGUUAAGAACGCGCUCCCAUCACACGAUGCACUUCUGAAACAUUAUUCGAUGAUUCAAUACAUCAAACCACCGAGAACCGCUUGAAGUUAACUUUCUUGAGUAUGUCUUGGUUUGUUGUUUGAAUGUCGUCAUAGUUCAAUAGAAUUUGAAUUAUGUUUCAUGUUACAUCUUAAUAAAGAUUGUGAUAUCAUCUUUUAUUGUAUUUAUAUAUAUUAUGUGUGUCUUCAAUAAAUAAAUUACGACCUU